AUGUCAGGACGUCGACGGCAUGUCCUGGUUACAAUUGCACUGCUUCUGAUCUUCGGAUUCGCGGUUGACAGCAUGUGGUUGCUUCUGCUGCGCAAUAGCUACAUGUCGACCCUGGCUCACAUCAGAGACGUUGGACCCCGACACCUGCCAGGCUCUGAUACGCCAAUUCGCUCGCGAUAUUCGGGCAUCCCUUUGUUGGAUUAUUGGUUUGCCGUCAUGCAAACAAUUCUGGCCAACGUAACAGAUGGCAGCGCCCCAAGGCUUUCUCUGUAUGCCUUUCACUUUGCAGGACAACUCGGCUCGAUGACGACACUAUUGAUUAUGGAGUCGAUGCGAGUUGGUAACAAAGGGACCCUUGUCAGUUGGUUUAUGCCUUGGGGCCUUUUGAUGACCGCAUAUGGCUACGCAGUGAUCAUGCCAGUCUAUGGCAUCGUGCAUCUGUUUGUAUCAUCGACGACGUCGCCGUCAUCGGAAAACGUGCAGGCAAAGCAGGAAAUCCAGAUUCCCGAUCACAUUGGACUGUACACGUUGCCUGCGGCUAUUGUGCUGGGCUACGGAAUGCCGGUGCUUCUCAUGGCGCUCCCGAUAUUCACUACGGAUUGGCAUCAGCUAUUUGUCGCUGGCUGGCAUCUCUUUCCGAUUUGGGUGGCUCUCUCCCAUUUCCUCCUCAAACUCUUAGCCUCGUCUGUUUCCAUUGGCCCCCCACUCAAUUCCACCCCGAAUCAGACGAUGUCCAGCGCUACAGAGUACGACAAAACCUAUCGCUUUACAAGAAAAAGAAGCCUCAGACGAUCUUACAGAAUCGCGUUCAGGUUAUCUGCAGCCACACAUGUCCUUACCAUAAUAAUCAUCGGUCUGGCCCAAAGAUUUCCUUCAUUAUUUCCUUCGCCGCAAGAUCAACCUAUUUCGUGGUCGAGUGUAUUCCUCCCGGAUUACUGGCGAAGCACCACACCAAUGCAGGAUUUUGUACAGGGCACCUUGAACCUGCUUCAAUACGACCAAUAUUCAGGUUCCCUGGCCGCCCUUACCUGGGGUGUCGGGGUUUACUGGCUCUCAUUGCCUGAGAAACGUGAUGUCAUGGAUUGGGUCUUCAUGGCAAUCGAAGUCACGGCAAUCAGCGUGUGCUUUGGGCCCGCAGCAGCCUUGACGAUACUGCUGUCGAGAAGGGACCAGCAUCUGGUAAAUCCAUUUCCAGAGCUCCGACGUGGGCGGUUAACGUUCGUGUAA